CAUUCAGAACUCUGAGAAUUUCCAGUGCGCGUUGAAAAAAUGGUGGAUGGUAGAAAGAGUUGUCCAUUCGGUGUUAUCGUUAAAUUUGUCACAUUUUAAAAGAUCUUAGGCAAAACGGUAUAUCGUGACUGUCGAUUUGUGAGCCGCAGAAGUGAAAAUGGGUUCGAAUAAACGUCAUAAAACUGAGAAGAACCGGGACACGAAAAAGAAGCGUCAUCGUAGCCGAUCGCGAAGUUAUACGCCUGAACGCGAAAAAUCAGAAAAGCACAGACAUCAUAAAAAGCACAGAAGAAAAGAGCGCAAGGAUUACGACAGCGAUGUUGAAAUAGUUACAGCUCCUCCUCCACCAAAAAUUUCCAAGUCUUCGCAUCCAUCGACGCCUCCGCCUCCUGAAAUUUCCAAGCAACGGAGUCCGUCGCCGAUCAAGGGUGGGACGGCGCAGACCUCUUUGUCAAUCGAGGAGACAAAUAAAUUACGAGCAAAGUUAGGUUUAAAACCUUUGGAACUGGAUAGUACUUCUAAAGAUGACCCUAACAAGAUUAAAGACGAUCUGGGAGAAUUUUACCAUAAGCCUGCUCCAGAUGUUAAUGAAAAGAUAAAGACCCAGAAGUUGAAAGAAAAAAUUGGUCUUCAGAAACAGAAAAGACAAAUUGAAGCCAGUCUAUCCAAAGUAAAAGGUUUGGCUGAAUGUGAUUCCGAUGAUGAUGCUAAGACUUGGAUUGAUAAAAGCAGACGUCUGGAUCAGGAGAAGAAAAAGGCUGAAGAAAGGGCAAAAAUGUUGGAUCAACUAGAUGAGGAAUUUGGAAUUGGUAAUUUGGUCAAAGAAGAAAUACAUACAGCUCGUAAAACAGCUUAUACAGAAAAGAAUUUAAAAGGUCUCAAAGUAGAACAUAAUAUUGAAAAGUUUGAAGAAGGUAAAACAGUUAUUUUAACACUGAAAGAUCAAGCUGUAUUAGACGAGAGCGGAGAUGUACUCGUCAAUGUAAACAUAACGGACGAGGAACGUUACCAACGUAAUAUCUUAAAUAAAGCUAAAAAGCCGGGUUACGAUGCAUACGACGAUGAUAAUUUCGAUCAGUUUGGUUUUCCAAAGAAUUCUAUUUUGGAAAAGUACGAUGAAGAGAUCGAGGGGGAGAAAAAAGAUAAUUUCGUAUUAGGAGUUAAUAUGAAAGAUGCCAGACAAUCUAAACUCGAUCACGUUAAACAAUGUUUGGCAAAUAAACGAUUAGAAUCAUUGCACUUAGCGGAGCCAAAACUAGCUAGCGAAUAUUACAAUGACGAAGAACUCGCAACGUUUAAGAAACCAAAGAAAAAGAUUCGAAAAAUUAGAAAGAAACUAAAAGCGGACGACUUAAUUCCCGAAGGUAACGAUUAUCUUCGAGAUCUUGGAAGCAGAAGAAGCAAACGACCCGACGACGCGAAAGAAAAUGAUAAUUUAGAUGUAGAUGAUUUAGGAGCUCCUACCGAGGACCUUAGCGAAGUGAAACUGGAAGAAGAUGACAAAGAACUAGAAUUGCAAUUAGCAUUGAAGAAAGCUCAACGCUUAAAGGAAUCGCAAUUGUCGAGCAUAGAACAAGUUGUUGAAACUAUAAAACAUGAACCCACAUCUUCAGAAGAAAAUCAAUCUGGGUACAUAGUUCUUAAUGCUACCGCAGAAUUUUGCAGAACAUUGGGAGACAUACCUACUUAUGGUCUUGCUGGAAAUAGAGAAGAGAAUGGCCAGGAACUCAUGGACUUCGAAAUUGACGGUGUUAAGGAGGAACCACCGGCGAAUGAAGAAGAAGACGAUGGUCGUGGCGCAUGGAAUACAGUCCAAUUAGAUGAGAGCACGUCGGAACCCGUGGCGAUGGAAGCUGCAAUUCUAGACGCAGAGCCUUCGCUUGGACAUGGCGUUAGCGGUGCGUUAAAACUCGCAAUGAGCAAAGGCUAUUUGCAAAAAGAAGACAGUAGCCGGCCGUCUGCGUCACGAUUUGCUCACUUACAGGCUCAGAACUACUCGAUAGAAGAUAAAACAUACGGAGACGAUGACAAGUUCGGUAGAAGAGAUCGUUUUAACGGCCCAACCUCUGAAUUUAAGGAGAAAGAUGGUUUUAAACCGAACGUAAAAUUAGAAUACAUCGACGACGAUGGACACGUUCUGAGUGCGAAAGAAGCUUUUCGAUAUCUUUCUCACAAGUUCCAUGGGAAAGGUCCAGGAAAAAAUAAGGUCGAAAAACGAAUGAAAAAGGCUGAACAGGAAGUAUUAAUGAAACGGAUGUCCUCCACGGAUACACCCCUGGGUACGCUUAAUUUACUGCAGGCGAAACAAAAGGAAACUCAGUCUCCGUAUAUAGUGCUCAGUGGUAGCAAGCAAAUGCAAACGACUAGUAUAUCGAAAUCAAAGCAUUAAAGAUUAUAAAGCUAACUUUAAUGAAAAUUGUAUAUAAUAUACAGACGGAAGAAAAUCUCUUAUCAGCACAUGUUUGAAACAGAACAGUACGUUAAUCGUUCAAAAAUAAAACAAUUGCACAUGUUUUGAUUUGCUAAUCUACAUACAGGAUAAUAAAAUAACAUUCACGAGAAUUUAUAAAA